UCUCUCUGUGGCCGCCAUCUCUCCAGCGAAGCCCGCCACGGCCUUCAAUUCCCAACCGUCAAAAUCUCCUGCCUUCAUGGACUAAACGAGAAAAGAAAACCUUUCUAGGGUUAGGGUUUUCAUAUUUACUCUGGUGAGCUUGAUUGAACUCCAGAUGCUGCGACUCCGGGCGCCGAUGUUGUGCUUCGAUGUCAAUUCCAUCUGGAUUCCGGCGAGCGGAAGCCUUCUCAGCUCAUUCUUUGGAACUCAUAGGAUUCGAGCUGGAUCUCGUUCUCAAUCUCUUCGAUCACCAUCCAGAUCUCCAGUUUCAAAUGGGUUCAGGCUAAGAGCUGCGCAUCAUGUGAAUGAUAGAUCAUCUUUGUAUUCAGUGAGUCCAUCGUCAGUUGUGAAAGCUUCUUUAAAAGGUCAAGCAGAGACGGUUGAGUUGCUAAGUGCGGAAGAUGAUGACCAUGGAGGUGUCAUUAUUGAAAUGAAGGUCCCAGUGGAUGCAGGAGCUUUUGUUUCUUCCUUACGAGCAUCUUUAGAAAAUUGGAGACAACAGGGUAAAAGAGGCGUUUGGCUGAAAUUGCCUAUUGAAUUUGCCAACCUCGUUCAACCUGCUGUUGAGGAGGGGUUUACUUAUCAUCAUGCAGAGCCAAAUUAUUUGAUGCUUGUGUACUGGAUCCCAGCUACCAAAAAUACAUUGCCUGUAAAUGCAACCCAUAGGGUUGGUGUGGGUGCUUUUGUCAUGAAUGAUCGAAGAGAGGUGCUUGCUGUCCAGGAGAAGAGUGGCAAGUUCCGUGGAUCAGGUGUAUGGAAGUUUCCUACUGGAGUUGUUGAUCAAGGUGAAGAUCUUUUUGUGGGGGCAGUGAGGGAAGUCAAAGAAGAGACAGGGAUUGACACUGAAUUUAUUGAAAUACUUGCAUUCAGGCAGAGCCACAAGUCAUUCUUUGAGAAAUCAGACUUGUUCUUCAUAUGCCUGUUACGCCCUCUCACAUUUGACAUCCGAAAGCAAGAAUCAGAAAUUGCAGCAGCAAAGUGGGUGCCGAUUGAGGAAUUUGCAGCACAACCUUUUGUCCAUAAGCAUGAGCUUUUAAAGUAUAUCAUAGAUGUUGGUUUGGCGAAGAUUGACAAGGAUUAUGCAGGUUUUUCACCAGUGCAAAUAUCAUCAUUCUUCUCUGAUAGGAAGAGCUAUAUUUAUUUAAACAGCAAGGAAAUGAACCAGUCAUCCAGACCUGCUCAUUGUGUGUCUUCAAAUGGCAAAAUUUGCUGAAACUUGGCCAGAGUGUUACGGCAGGCUUUACCUGAACAAAACUGGUAACUGAUUCUGAACUCAAGGUGUAAAGUAAUAUGAAGUUCUUGCCACCUGUUUGUGUUCUCUGGUUGACAGAAAUAAAGUGAUAAAUGCCAACAUUGGCGGCACAGAUUGACCAAUUUUAGAUGACGUUUGCUUGCUUUCUCAUUUGCUUGUCUGUUGGUUUCCUACUUUUCUUAUCUUUGAGAAAAGUGUUCUUGUCCCUUUUGCCCCUGCAGAAGGUCUUAUUUGAAAAUGUAUCCCGGAAAAGGUAUAAUUAUUUAGGCACCCUUCUAAAAUCAAGAUAUCUGCACAUGCCCUUCUUUGGAGGUCCCUCUACAGUUUAAACCCUUUCAAGUUUGAAUUGAUGAUUUUCUUCAUGUUUUAUUUGUCAAAUUUGUGUCUCCUCCACAAUGUUCAAUGACACUAAAUUUUAUUUGUAUCAAGUGCAUAGGUGUAUUUCCCAGAAAGAAAAAAAAUCUUUGGAUAGACAUCAACUAUCAAUUAAAAAUAUAUUUAAGUUAUUUAUUUAAUUGUUCAUUUUUAUGUUGCAUAUAUCCGAGAGCUUCUAUAUUAUAUUAUCCCAUGUAAACUAGAAUUUCCCCUCAUAUAAGGUUAAUUAUUGGUUAUUCAAACUCCACUCCAAUGAAGUCUUUAGUUUAUAGCAUUUGAGGCCCAUUCCUGGGCACACCUAUGUACAUCAAGUGGUUUAGGAGGUAUCAAAUUGUGAUACAAUUAGUUGCUAAGACACAAAAUUAAGUAGGUUUGGGUCUUAUAUAAUCAAUUCUUAAUGUCUAAAUGUAUCAACUAUCAAAUCAACUCAAUUAAAACACAUGGUUUCUGACGUUCUUAUGUGCUAAUCUGUACGUAUUUAUAAAAUAUUUAAAUAAAUUACAUGUUUGUUAAACUAUAUUUAUUCAUGCGUUUCCUUGCAAAAAUGUGACCAUUUACUUGCCAUGUUAUAGAUCAAUGUAUAAUCUUGUCAUGGUUACAUACCAAGUUUUAUACCAUUUGUAGUCCACAACUCUACUUAAUUGCCGGCCAUGUAUUGGUUUGUAAUCAAUGCAGUAGCUGAAGUGGUAUAUAUGUGGUCCCAUCUCAGGGCAUGUCAAGGCUUGUGCUCAUGGAAUUUUGCAAUUGUAUUGAAAUGACAGUUUCCAAAGCAUGAACCAAAGAAAGUUUUCAGUUAUGCAAUCUUGUGUUGUUCUUGUGAAAAUGUGCUUUAGAUGGAUGCUAAAUUAAAUCCAGAAGUAGAAACCUGACAGCUUGAACUCAACUGGAACUGAACUCCAGUUCCAGUGACUUCAGGAUGAUUUUGCCGGAAGUUAGUGAAGCAACUGAGUUCUUUAACUGCUUGAUUUCCAUCAUAUGCACACUAAACUUUGUUGGCAAAAGCACUUGAGAGAAUUGGUGGUCAUGCAAACCAAGGAAGAGUCCUUGCAUGCCAACCAACAACCACAAGCAGCCCUGAGGACAAUGAGGAGAUCUACAUUAGCAUGACAAUGGCCAAUGGAUCAUAAAUGAUAAAGACAAUCUCAUAUGCCAGAGAGGACAUCCCCACAUUGUUUUUUUUCUUUUUUAUUUAUUUGAGAUCAAACAAGCUAUACCUUAGCCCCAUCAAUAUAUUUUUAGUGUGUAUUAUUAUAAUGUCUGAGAGAUGGCUGUUCAAGUGCAUGGUCACAGGGACAGGGUGGGAUGUUUAUAUUUAACAAGGAGAUACCCUUUUUGAGCCUUAUAUUUA